AUGGCAUGGUCAACACCAACACCAACUGGUACAACAGUGUCCACAACAAGUUCCUCCACAGGAACCACACCAACAACAUCAACGUCAACAGGACCCACAGUCAGUACAACGUCAGGACCAACAUCAUCUACACCUGGAACAACUGUGUCGACGACCACUUCCACCACAGGGUCAACACCAACACCAACUGGUACAACAGUGUCCACAACAAGUUCCACCACAGGAACCACACCAACAACAUCAACGUCAACAGGACCCACAGUCAGUACAACGUCAGGACCAACAUCAUCUACACCUGGAACAACUGUGUCGACGACCACUUCCACCACAGGGUCAACACCAACACCGACUGGUACAACAGUGUCCACAACAAGUUCCACCACAGGAACCACACCAACAAUAUCAACGUCAACAGGACCCACAGUCAGUACCACGUUAGGACCAACAUCAUCUACAACUGGAACAACUGUGUCGACGACCACUUCCACCACAGAAAUAACAGGAACAACAACUACAACAGGGCCCACAGUUAGUACCACAUCAGGGUCAACACCAACACCAACUGGUACAACAGUGUUCACAACAAGUUCCACCACAGGAACCACACCAACAACAUCAACAUCAACAUCAACAGGACCCACAGUCAGUACCACGUCAGGACCAACAUCAUCAACAACUGGAACAACUGUGUCCACGACCACUUCCACGACAGGUACAACAACAACAACAACUGGUACAACUGAGUCCACAACAAGUUUCACAACAGAAACCACACCAACAACAUCAACAUCAACAGGAACAACAGUCAGUACCACAUCAGGAACAACAUCAUCAACAACUGGUACAACUGUUUCCACCACCAUUUCCACAAGAGAAACAACACCAACGACAACAACAACAGAGACCACAGUUAGAACCACAUCAGGAACAACAUCAACAACAGGUACAACUGUGUCCACCACAACUCCCACAACAGAAACAACACCAACGACAUCAACAACAGGGACCACAGUCAGUACUACAUCAGGAAUAACAUCAUCAACAACUGGCACAACUGUAUCCACCACCGGUUCGACAACAGGAACAACACCAUCAAUGACUGGUACAACCAAGUCCACCACCGGUUCCACAACAGUUAUUACGACUCUCCCCACCCCUACAGAACCAGAAUGUUUCUGUGAUGCAUAUCCAGAAAGAAAGUGUAAUGAAACAUGGAGGGUGAACUGUUCAAUCUUUACUUGUAUCAAAGAAGAUACGUACACAAUCGAACACAUUGCCUGUCAACGCCCACAGAAGCCAAAAUGUAGCAAUGGGUUACAGCCAGUUAAAAUCCAUACUGAAGAUGGCUGCUGUGUAAAUUGGGAUUGUGAAUAUAUUUGUCAUACAUGGGGACAGGAACAUUAUCAAACAUUUGAGGGAGUAGCCUACAAAUUCUUUGAAAAUUGUUCAUAUGUUCUUGUGGAAGAAGUGGAUGGAAAAUAUGGAUUUUCUGUGAUCAUUGAUAAUUACUACUGCAGGACGUCAAAGCCUUAUUCUUGUGGAAAAACAUUAAUUAUUAAGUAUAAUGGAAACACCUUACAUGUAAAUACUAAACGAGAAGUUGAAAGCUCCAUUUACUUUUUGCAGGAAAUGCUCAAUGGAGAAGCCUUGCGCUUACCACAUAAUGCCAAAGGAUUUAGCAUUUCAAAACAGGGAAGCAGAGUAAACAUUGAUAUUCCAGAUAUUCGAACCACUAUUAUAGUCAAGAAAAACUAUACCUCGAUUAAAGUAUCAGAGGAACUUUUCCUCUACAAACUACGAGGGCAAUGCGGUACUGUUUCUAAAUAUAAAUCUGAUGAAUGUAUGAGGCGGAAUGGAAAGGUGGAGCCCAAUUACUGUUGUUCUGAAACAGCAUAUGAAUGGAAAGUCAGUUCUAGAAAUGGACAACACUGUACAGAUGUACCUACAAAUAAGCCUUGUAUUCCAACAACUGCUCCUCCUCCACCAUGUGAAUAUGGGGCAGAAGUGUGUGAUGUCAUUACGGAAGAGUCAUUCUCAACUUGCCGAAGUCAUGAUAGUCUUUCUUCUUAUGUCGACGCAUGUCGGUAUGAUAACUGCAAAAAGAAUAAAACAGAUUGCUCCAGCCUGGAGGCAGCUGCCAUGAGAUGUAAUGCAGUUGGAUCAUGUGUUGACUGGAGACAAUCUACAAAUGGAUUAUGCAACUACAUCUGUCCACCUGGUUUUGUCUAUAAAGCCUGUGCCAACUUUAAUCACAAUUAUUGCCGAGACAACAAGAUGGUAACUGGAAAGGAGUUUAAUAAGCCUGUUGAAGGUUGCUUCUGUCCGGAGGGAACGAUGCUGUCUGAAGACUGGCGCCGCUGUGUUUCCUCAUGUACUGGAACGUGCAAAGACUCCUCAGGGAAUAUAAGAAAUGAUGGAGAAGAAUGGUCUGAAUCCAAUAAUACAUGUGAAUACUACAGAUGUUCAAAUGGCACAAUAAUAAAAAUGAAAAUAUCAUGCUCUUAUCCCAAAUGCGAUGAGUCUGAGAAAAAAUGGGAUCGCCGUCACUGCUGCUAUGAUUGUUUUCCAAAAUUGCACCCAUGUAAAGUUCAACCCAAAACGCUUACAAUCAACAAGAAUAAUUGUACAGCAACAGUUGAAUUGAAUUCAUGUGAAGGAAACUGCAAUUCAUAUUCCAUGUUUGAUUAUACACUAAAUAACAUGAAGCAUAAGUGUGAGUGCUGUCGAGAACAAACAAUUGAAGAAAAAGAAGUAACAUUGGAUUGCAAUGAUGGAUCGACUAAACCAUACUCCUACAUUUCCGCAAAGACAUGCAGAUGCUCUAUCUGUGAAGACAGUACAAAUUGAAAUGAAAUUUUAAGCUCUUUUCUCAUUUUUACUUUCUAACUUUUGAUGCUUUUUAGGCAAAUAAUACUUGGUGAUGAUUGAAAAAUGUUUGCUAACAUCUAUUCCUAACCACAAGUUUCUUCACAUCAUACUUUUGUUUUAUUCAAUGGAAAACUGAAAUAAAAUACUUUCUGCAUGUGAUUCA